UGUGAACGCGGCCGAAGGUUACAUGAGGCUCGCACAGUCGCACACUCACGCACGGUGGCGCGGCGCGGCGCGGUCGCGGUGCGGGCAGGCGGCAGGCGGCAGGCGGCGGUGCGCCACCAACAUCCGCGCCGCGUCGAGCGAACAGUCAGUUCGGCGCCGUCGACCAACAAGCGCACACGUAUACAUAAAGCGAUGGCUGCCGCCCACACGCACCCUACCCCCGCGCCCGCGCCCAUGCCCUCCGACCGACGUUCAGAGGGUCGUGCCGGCUCUCGCCGCAUCUUCCCACCGCAGUUUAAGCUGCAAGUGCUUGAAGCAUACAGGCGCGACGUACAGUGUCGCGGAAAUCAGCGCGCUACGGCCAGGAAGUUCGGCAUCCACCGACGACAGAUCCAGAAGUGGUUGCAGGCGGAACCGGCACUCCGCGCCGCUUUGCUGAGGCGAGCUCCCCAGCCGGCGCCUUCACCACCGCCUUACGCAGCAGGGUCGCCCGAAAGUGCACGGCUACCUUCGCCGCCUCCUCCGCCUCCGUCCGCGUCGCUGCCGACACAGCUGCCAGUACAAGUGCCUACAACUCUGCCCGUUCAGAUGCCCAUGGCCGUGCCUGCCACAGAGCCGAUAGAUUUGUCAGUUCGCCGGUUUUCACCGCCACCUGUACCCCAACCAAUGCCGCAACAGGCAGCUCUGGCGGAACCCACACGCAAGCCUUUCAAACUGUUCCGACCGUACCUACUAGAGGAAGAAGAGAAGCGGCCAGCAGUGGCGUCGCUGCCGGUGGCGAGCGGCGGGCACGUGUCCGCGUUCGUGCCGGUGCAGAGCGCGGCGAUGGGCGCGAGCGGGUGCGCGCUAGCAGCCUGCGGCGCGGCGCGGUGGUGCGCGCCGGUGUCCUCGUUCGCGCUGACGCCGCUGAGAUGAGUGCGCGCCGCCGGGGCCGAGCCCCGCUGCUGCUGUGAUCUAGUCGCCGUCGCCCGCCUGGCGCCUCCCGGGGCGUAGCCCUCCAUCAACGUGCCUUAACGUACACGCCGCCAUAGUGCAUUAAAUCGUCAUGUUCAGAUGACAGCUUAUUUUGUGUAUAAAAAUAUUAGAUUGUAUUUUUAUAAGGGGAAUUUAUGAAACGUACCUAUAAUGUUAAGAAGGUUGAAUAUUAUUAUAAUGAUUAUUAUUAUAGAAAUAAAGAGAGUUGGUUAUUAAA